AGGCGUUUUAGGUAGAACAUUUAAAAUAAAAAAACUCUCGUAUCUAUAAAAAAAAACUUUCGUAGCUAUUAAAAAAACAAAUUAAAGAAGCAUUAGCGUCAGCGUAGAAAAGAGAAAAAGAGGCUACUUAAAAUGACAGACUCGAUGAAAUUCGGUCCGGGAUGGUUGCGUAAUAUGUCAUCUGAGCCCGCAGGCUCCUCCAGUGUUUACAAUGUCAGUAGUGGAGGACAUAAUAGCUUACCUAUCACACAAAAUAAUAAUACAACUGCAGCGGCAUCGCGUAAUCUUUUGCCUGAAUACCGAUAUGGUCGUGAGGAGAUGCUGUCAUUAUUUGAUCGGAAUUGCUUGUUGCCGCAAAUACUACCUUCUUUUAAAAAGCUUUUUGUUGAGAAGGUUCAAUAUCCGCUUGCCCUGACCCCAAGCUCUGACGAGGAUAAUCAAUCUUCUGUCGGGAACAGCUCCCGCCCAGGAUGGCUUCAACGUUCGUCCGGUGGAUUCGGAACGUCUUCCCGUGGUAAUGGACGAGGUGGAGCAGUUGAUAGGGGACGGAUGCGGGGAAAAUCCUCGUAUCAUCCUACAUAUCAACGUCCUGGGGUUCCUUAUGAUGAAUGUGUGACGCUACAGACAAAGGCGGAACGUAAUUGGUGUGAUCGUAACGGAACUGGUGAAUCAAUAAUGGGUAAUAUAUCUGCUAGCGGAUUGGGAAGUUUGGAUUGGAGUGUUACGCCAAACUCAAGUCCGCGAAAAGAGUUUUCUAGUCAUCGUAAUAUGGAGAAUUGGAGGCGUGCACGGCAAGAGGACGGAUCUGGGGAUGGCCCUUCUACAAGCGGUUCGGAUAUUACUGGGUGGCGAAGUAGCGGCGGAAGUACUGCUUUUAGCAAUUCUCAUCGAUGGGGGCGAUCAACAAGUUGGCGCGAUGAAGACUCCAAUGUCGAAAGUUCCAAUAAUUUUCAACGGCCAAUAUCAACAGUUGGGCCUGUGGGAAUUGACCGUGGAAACAGUAAAGCAUCGGUAAAUGGACCCAGUGGAAUAGGUGCCGGGGGGUGUUCAGUUACAAAUUAUGCACGAAUAUCCAGCAAAAACACGUCAUUGUGGACUGCCAAUAAUACCAAUACAGAUGUCGAUGAUACUCUACCUGAAUGGGCGAUGGAAAAUCCUUCUGAUUUGGGUGGGACAUUUGAUGCAAGUGGAGCUUUUCAUGGUGAUAAUCCAAUGUCUGAUAAUCCAAUGAUUCAAAACAGAAAUAAUGAAUCAUCGACGAAGAACUCAAAUUCAGCUUAUGAUGACUUUAUGCCCCAAAUUGUAGACCCCACCGCUAGGGAUAAUGAAACGGAAAUCAAGGUCCAAUGUCAGUUAAAAACCGAAAAGGUUUUUAAAGUUAGUGAAUCUCCUGAUAAAAAAAAAAAAUCAAAGGAAACUCAUGGCGACAUAUCUGAUAGAAUAAAGGAAGUGGUUGAUCAAGUGGAAAAACUCAUUAUGGAAGAUGAUAGUCAAAUAACUGAAAAUCAAAUUAAAACUCAGACAGAUUGCGCUCGAUUAGUGGAAACCAUGCCAAGUGUCUCAGAAGUUGAGCUAAAUAUGAAAUCUAAUUCGGUAAGGGAUAAUGAAAAUUGCCAACAACAUCCAUCUAUACCAAUGAAAAUUAUAAAUACGAAUUCGGGGACAUCAAAUCAGCCCCCUCAUCAUUCGUCGCUAUCAGAUUCGCCUUUUUCUGAUCAGGUGACAUUACAGCAACAUCAUCUUCACCAGCAGCAUAUGUCAGUAGUUCCAUCGCAUAGGAUUAAUUCAAGCCUUAACGAAUUGUGGUUUUAUCGGGAUCCUCAGGCGAAUGUUCAAGGACCUUUUAGUGCUGUGGAGAUGACAGAAUGGUAUCGCGCGGGCUACUUUAAUGAAAACCUAUUUGUACGGCGAUUCUCUGACAAUAGGUUCAGAGCCCUUGGCGAUCUUAUUGAUAUUUGCCAUGGUAAUAUGCCAUUUACACACAGCCACUUAUUGCCGACGCCAUUGGAACUAGAAAGUUAUUCUGUUGUUCCGAUUUCAAGUGCACAUUCAGAGCCAAUUCCGCUAAAUACCCAUAAAUCAUCGCAUUCACCUAUCUCUGUAUCGAUAGUUGAACAACAAUUGGCACAACGUAGGGACGACCACCUUAAGGCAAAUGUGACAGCUGCCGCAGAUUCUCUUAGUGCUGCUUUAAAAGGGAACUCUGUUGGAAAUAAUAUGGACACUUCUCACACGCUAACAUUGCGUUUUCAAAUGUUACAGGAUCAAUAUUUUCAGCACCAGGAGUACCAAAUAUUGGCAGAGCUAUCUAAGAACGAAUGCUUUCAACGGUAUUCAGCUGCUGAACGUGAGUCGAUUGUCAGGCAGAAAGUUCAGAUGCUUACUCUUCCCGAGUAUUUGAGCAGCCUUAACGGACUAAGUAGCUCGCUUUCUUUAUUAAACCCCAUUGCAGCAAGACGACUUAAUCAAGAUGUGGCUGAAAAGGUUAAAAAAGAUCAGCACAAAUUAUUUGCAAAUUCAUCUGAUCAACCACCCUCAAUGGUUAAUUUAUUAGAUGCAAAUAGUUUUAUAUUGAAUGCACAACUGUUGCAACAGCCGUCACAACAGAUAGGAGCUUCUUCCAAUUCUGGAAAUCAUGUAAUGAAAAGUACUUCCCUUUCCGACACAUCUAAACUAGAUGAGCUUACAAGAAAUGAAUUGGAUUUAUUAAACGAAUAUAAUUUAAGAAUGCUUUUGCGUGGUCAUUCACAAAAUCUUGCAUUGAAUAACGAAAAAAAUAAUGAAAACGACGAUUAUACGGAUAAACCUCAAAUAAACUUAAUGGUUCCUAUGUGGCAGUCGCCUACCAAGCAUCAAGAUUCCAUUCAACAAUGGUCAGAAAUUUCAAAUGCAAAGCCACUCUUUUGGGAAGGAGAUAACUUAGAACAAGAAAGAAACCACCACAGACAGACAAUAACACAACAACAACAGUCUUAUCAAGAUCCAAUAAAUUCUCAUGUAGAGGCCCGCCUUAAUAAUGGUUUAAAGCUAAGCCCUUUGCGGGAAAUAGGUCAGUCUACCGGAAAUUUAAGAGAAUCUCCCUCCCAAAAUCUUGAUUUAAUGAAAAAUUCAAUUGAAAAUUCAGUCAAAGAGUCUCAUCUCGAUGAGCAGCUCAAAAAUCAAAUUAAACAUUCAUUGCCUCAAAGACAGCAACAGCCGCAACCGGCUGAGGUUAAACAAGUUAAUGAAGAGGAACGCAGACGCGAAAUAUCUGAAGAGAAACGUCGUCUUAAGGAAGAGCGAAAACGUUUACAAUUGGAAGAAGAUAAACGCAGGUCAAUGGUAGAGGAAGAAAAAAAAGCCAGACAAAUGCAAGAAGAAAAGGAAAGACAACAGCAAAUACAAGCCCAACGUCGAAAAGCUCUUCUAGGUAACGCCCAAGAUUUAAGUCAAAGUGGUGGAACGGGAACAUCUUCCUCAAUACAAAUUAAUAAAAAUAUGACUUCUAAGACGGGAGAAGGACAAACAUCGCGGUCACCUGCAAAAUCUGUGGCACCGUGGUCACUUAACUCAUCAAAUUCUAACAGCACGGCACCCGGACUGGCGGAAAUUCAAAAAGCUGAACGUCGAGAGCGUCGAGCCGAUCAACAGCGCCACCAAGAGCAAAUAGAAAAACAGAUGCGUGCCAAUGCAGCAGCCGCUGCAGAAGCCAAUGAUGCAUUGCUUAAAUGGCAGGCAGCGCCCACCUCGGCACCUGUAAUGAGCUUGGCCGAUAUUCAAGCGGAAGAAGCGAAACGAUUAGCCAACGAUCUCUUGGAGCAACAACGUCGCCGGGAAAUCGAUCAACUCCGCCAUUCACCGAUACCUUCCACUGUUGGGACCCCUGGCUUGUCGAACAUCUGGGGAAGCUCAAAUAAGGCAUGGAGUGCAAACUGCACCUCUCCAAUGUCAUUAGCAACCGCUGGGCUAUGGGACGAACCUAAAGCCUCUUUAAUCAAUCAAACUUCUCUUCAUGGAUCUAGUACGGGCAGUACUUCUACCGUCGCGAUGACAUCUGCAAUAAGCUCGAACACUAGAAACCAUAUUCAAAGCCAUAGUAAAACGGUUCCAUCGCUCCGCAACUUGCGUAAAAGCCAAACAUUGCCAGUAAUGAAUAAUACUGGAAAGUCUUUAAGAGUUCUUCCUGGUUCUGAGAAAAAUAAAUUGAGCCAGAUGCGAGUGAAUCAAAAAUUAGCAGCUAGUUCUUUCGAUGACAAGGAUAAUAAAGAUGGAAAAUCCAAUUCAAAAGGUCAAGGGCAGCAAAGUAGUUCAGAUCAGUUGUCUACUAAGGUUAAUGAGUAUGAAAAUGAGUUUACCAACUGGUGUAUAAAAAGUUUAGAUAAUAUGUCGUCUAAAGUAGAUGUGCCAACUUUUGUGACAUUCUUGCAAGAUUUAGAAGCACCAUAUGAAGUUAAGGAUUACGUCCGCAUGUACCUUGGUGAAGGCAAAGAAUCUUCAGAAUUCUCAAGGCAAUUCUUAGAGCGUCGCAGUAAAUACAAAAGUUUACAACGUGCUCAAAAUGCACACAAUGAUGAUAUGUGUAAACCCGCUCCCGCAAUAACACCGUCGGCGAAUGACUGCACCGACAAUAAGAAUAAGCAGAAAAAGCUAAAGAAAAAUAAGAUGACCAAACUGGAUACGAGAAUUCUUGGAUUUUCGGUAACCGCAGCUGAGGGCCGCAUUAAUGUUGGUGGUCGAGACUAUGUCGACGGACCAUAAGAAAUUUUUUAAGGUUUGAAUUUCAUGUACAACUGCAAUCUAUAAAAUUGUAUCGCAAAAUAGGUCGUAAAUGGUUGCGGAUUAUUAAUAUUAUAUGUAUACAUAUACAUAAUAAAGUUCGGGAUCCCUUAAAGAGGGACUCUCAUUUACACAUUCGAAAAA